GUGGAGAGCUGGGGGUCCAGGUCAUCCAUCAGCGGACGUCAAGAGAGCUCUGGUCAGCAGUCACCAGGCAUUCGGAGAGGCGCCAGACGGUGCACGCCAGGACUCAUCGUCACCAGUCGGCGGAAGCUAGUAGUGAGCAUUACCAGCUGGCGGGCACCGAUAGCCAGCAUCACCAGUCGGCGGACGCCAAUAGCCAGCAUCACCAGUCGGCGGACGCCAAUAGCCAGCAUCACCAGUCGGCGGACUCCAAUAGUCAGCAUCACCAGUCAGCGGGCGCUGACAGCCGGCAUCACCAGUCGGUCGACAUCAGGAAAGGGGCACUCACCAGUCGGUGGACAGCUCUAGCGUCCCGGUUACCACAGCUGUUGCGGCCAUGUUGGUUGCAGGCAGCGGGGUGCUUCUGCCGGCACUGGUUCAUCUGUCGGUGCUGCUCACCGGUGUUCGGGGCGACAAACCAUUCGCUAUGUGCGAAAUUCCAUGCUGCAAAUUCACUCCCGCUUGCGAUGGAGCCACCUCUGUCAGCUGCCAGUGUCCCUCCUUAAAGCAGAUCCCCCUAAUCAAGAACGAGAUACCACCGACUGUUCAAAACAUCCAGAUUUCAAACUCGUCAGCUGUUAAAAUCCAGAGUCUCGCCUUGGAACAGUUGACGUCAUUGAAGGCUGUCACGAUUACAGAAGUAGAAAAUGUCACCAUACGGUACGAAGGCAUGAGGCUUCAAGAAUCUAACAGCAUGCGCACCUUGGGAAUUCGCUUUGUGAAAAAAUUACGUAUAGAAAGCUCAGGUCUAUCUGGCUUCUGGUCACAAAACACUACAAUUACCUUUGAAGACAUUCAAAAGUGCAUUGCCUCGCCAAACGCCUUCACAUACACUUCCAGCUCUUUGGGACCCGACAUGGCCCUGAUUCGCGUCCGGCUGUUGACGGCACCACAAGUGUUCACAUCAGCAGUCCGUCAUCUGCUCAUGACGGGCGGGAGAAUAAGCUGCGAAGAAAAGCUCUUCGCUGGGAGUAUUCACCAUCUGGAACUGUCCAAUAUGACAGUAGAUGCCGCCGAUAAAGGAUGUUUGGAUGGCUCGGAUGGAUGGGCAAAGCUGACUAUUCAUUCCGUGCUCUUCUCUGACACUGCGCCUUUCGCCCUCUCUGGUAACAUUCAAGAAAUGAUCAUCAGCGACACCAACUUCACAAAGCUGCCAGAAAACGCUAUUCACGUGAAUGUCACUUGGCUGAAGAUCAGUAACUCACGUUUUGGGACGCUUUCUUCCAACGGACUGAGCGUGAACGCUAGCGGUUCGAUCGAGCUCGCGAAUAACACUAUCAACCACCUCAAGCCCCGCGGUCUGAUUGGUCUCCGUGUAAGCAAAAGCACCGUGGGUGCUGACCAGCCACUAAUCAUAAGGGACCUUCUGAUUCAUAACGCUUUCCGCGGGUCACUGACGUUCUCUGAGGGCACGCUGGUCUGCUUGAGCGGCCUCGACGUGCGUUUUCCGCCCGCGUGUCCGGCGAGGAAGCAGACACGUCGCUUGGUGUCCGCGAGCACAUCCGAGCCGCGCAGCCAGGUGCUUUGGCAGCUCCAGAGCAUGUGUCUCGCCGACGCCGACGCCGCGACGUCUCCCGCCAGCGGCGACCCUCGCUGUCCCGGAGCCGCCAGCGCCGGUCAUGGACCCGGACAGUUGGACAGCCAGCACCGGCUGGCGCUCUUCGGCGGGCUCGGGGUCCUGCUGGUGCUGGCCGUGGCGCUGGCGGCCGUGCUGAUCGUCCGACGUCGCAGGAGCCGCCUCGUGCUGGCCGCGUCCUGCGUCUCACCAGCAGGGGGACCUCGGAAUGGGGCAGACAGUGACAGGAUAGGCGGGCCAAACGUGCAAGCAAGUGGCGCCGGUGACUCAGAGUUUGAUGAUGCGAUGUACGAGGAGAUUAAGGAGGAUCUCUUCCAACUUCCGCCAGCUGAUACGGCGCGCCCAGAGGGUCCCGUAUCAACAAGGGCUCCCGAUGAGGUCCCACCACCACCACCGUCACCACCACAGCAGCCCUUGCUCUGGGAGGAGCUUCUGUCCACAGAGAACCUGGUAGACAACGAGCUGUACAUUGCCAGCGCCGAGGGAGCGGUGCCCGUUGCAGGUGGCGCCACCAGCGCCGCAGACGACGGCUUAUAA